CCUUAGCAGGGCGGUGGGUUUGGAAGAUGUUGCAUGGCGAGUUCCUACAGGGCGACCGCUGAGCCACGAGAGACAUGCGGGCCCUGCAGACUUUGGUCAGAUAAGCUGUAUCAGCAUCAUCAUGCCAAGUCCUAGGAACAGUCCAAAGAGCAUACGUGAGAGACGGGCUUAUGACAGUAGGCUAGAGUUCUUGUCAUUGACAAAUCAGAAAGGCCCAAUAUCCCCAGAAAAUGUGUCUCAUCAUAAAGACUCUCCUACUAGUACUGGCACUCAACAGGCUUUACCUGAAGAGGACUGUAUGAAGCUCAACCCCUCUUUCUGGAGUAUUGCCCUGCAUUCUCUUUUGGCUGUUGAUUUGUGGGCUUCUAAACUACUGGGUGUAUGUGCUGGAGAGAAUUCCCCAUGGGGCAGUGUCCGUCCUCUCAUGAUGGUCAUAGAGGUGUCAGGACAUGGAAUUCCUUGGCUAACUGGUACACUGUAUGGGCUUUACAGAAGUGGCAGCUCAGCAGGUCGUGAGGUGCUGCUCAAUCUACUCUUUGCUCUGAUUCUUGAUCUAGUUUUGGUGGCAGCAGUAAAAGGACUGGUGAAACGAAGACGCCCAGUCCACAACAAGAUGGAUAUGUUUGCCACUCUCUCUGUGGAUAAAUAUUCCUUUCCUUCAGGCCAUGCGACCAGAGCCGCCAUGGUGUGCAGAUUUAUACUACAUCAUCUCGUACUUGCAAUCCCUCUGAGAGUGCUGGUUGUACUUUGGACCUUCAUAGUGGGAAUCUCUAGGGUGAUGCUCGGCAGACAUAAUGUAACAGAUGUGGUCUUUGGGCUAAGCAUGGGCUACAUGCAAUAUAAUUUGGUGGAAUAUUUCUGGUUGUCACCUGUAAAUGCUCCUGUCCUCUUUGUCUUGUGGAACUGAUGGUUCUUGAGGGAAGAGGAACAUUUGUCUUAGUGUAAACAUUUGUGAUACUUCAUCUGAUCAUCAAAAUUAAAUGAAUAGAGCCAAGAUUUUCACAAUAUGUGCGAUCUAACAUAAAGUUUGCUCUGGAAGGCUUGAUUCAGAAAAAUAAAGGCUUACCAGCCAGCAGAUUCUCUUGCAUGAUUUUAUGCAGUAUUGAGGACAUUGAUACAUAAAAUGUAUUUUAAAAAAUGGACCAAUAAAUGUAAGUUGGAGCA